UAUGAGCUGUGAGCCAUCAAACUCUCAUCCCUCUCUCCGUUUACUUUCCUGGUUUUUGAUUUGAUUUGAUUUUCAGUGCUACAACCUCCAUUUCCAUGACCUAAAGCUAUAAAUCCCUUUCCAUUUUCAUUCUGACGAAGACGAAAGGCGUACACGGUUGUUAUCUUGAGUCAAAUUACGCAGGUGAAAUGAGAAAUUUUCCGUCAUAUGUCCAUGAUUCACCUACCAAAGAUGAACGGCUCAGUCACAGUGGGCCUAUAGGACUCGUCAAUUUUGUGGUCGAGUAUAUAUCAAGAUUGUCACCCCAACAUAGAACAUUGGUAUAUGAUAUUUUAUACAGUCCUGACUUUAUGGAUAUUGAUGAAGAAUAUAUACAAGCAGAUAGAGAUUUCAUUGGUAUUGAUAAGUUAAGAGACGGAGUCCUUUUCCGAAAAUUUGUGUCACAUGGGCAAGAGCUUAAGGUUUUCUUCCAAGUCCCAAACAAGCUAAUCCUGUCAAGUAUUAAUCCAACUCUCAAUCCUAAUGAAGCUGUUGCAGUCGCAAUCAACUUUUUCCUCCUAAUGGUAGAAGCGAUCCUAUGUUUUGAGGAAGAUUUAAUUGGUUCUGUAAAAGGUUCAUUCGAAAUUCUGCACACAGAGCUUGGAUUUCUUAUUACUUUUCUUGGUGAUAAAGCAAUGCAUUUGCAGCCCACCAUCACCAAGAAUAUAGUGAUUAAUAUCGAAGCUCUGGUUAAUGAGGUAGGAAAUUUCUUUUACUCCUUCUUUUUCACCAUUAUUGCAUUCACGAAAAUCAGUAAUGCAACAACUGAUAUCGAAAAUAUGGUCAAUGAGGUAAAAUGUUACUGGGGUUUCACGAAUCACUCAUGGUUUGAUCUUCUACAUCCUGUGAGAAUUCUUAAUCGGCUAGUAGAAAAUUGCCCCCCCUGGGGCAGAGAACGAAGGAGAAUCCCGCUCUAUGACCCUUUCAAGGGUGAAGGGCUGUGUAGAGGAUGGGAUAUACGAUGGGGAACCACUGAAAAUAUCAAAUCUCUGUUACGGAGAUGCUUAGAUUUCUUCAUGUUCACCGAGACAAGAACAUUGAAUCUUGCAUUUUCAUAUUUGUUAAGGAAGUUUGAUCUCUUGAAAACAAAGAUCAAGAAACAUUGCAUCACAGUCUCAAAUAUGCCGAGUGAUAUGGCUCCAAAGACUUCGGUGGUUUCACCCUUCAUUGUUGAUUCCGUUCUUGAUGAUCUCAAGGACCUAUUAAAUAACAAGUCUGACAAGAUUGUUGGGGUGAACGAUCAGAUUGUAAUGCUUCAUGAGGAGCUAAUGUUAUUGGGAUCUUCUGUCAAGGACAUAGCGGUGCACCAGGCAGCAGAAUAUGAAGAACUUGUGAUUCAAGCCGGAGACAUAACAUAUGAGGUUGAAUAUGUUAUCAACUCAUUUCUUCAUGUUUGGUAUCUCGCCCUCCGGCUUCCUCAACUCAUUGAGAAGAUUCAGCUUUUUAUGAUGGCUAUCAAAGAAAUAAAGAAUAACGUUGAUGCAGCUGGAAUGCCAGAAGUUGCAGCGUAUCCAGAUGAACAAAUAUCGCUGCAAUCGAAAAAAUCUCCUGCUUUGGAAGACACUAUUGUGGGGUUCAAGAAAGUGGCAACUGAAAUUGCAGAACAACUUGUUAGAGGAACAGACCACCUGCAAAUUAUUUCCAUCUAUGGGAUGCCUGGACUUGGUAAGACCACUUUAGCAAAUAAACUGUACAAUGAUCCCUCUGUUGUCUAUCGUUUUGACAAGAGUUCCUGGUGUGUUAUUUCUCAAACAUAUAAUAAGAAAAAUGUGUUGAUUGAAAUUUUGAGCUCAAUGAGUAACAGUAAGAGAGAAGCAUUUAUGAACAUGGAAGAAGAAAAAUUGGCCGAAAAUAUUUACAAAAAUUUAAAAGGAAGGCGAUACCUUAUUGUGAUAGAUGAUAUAUGGGAUGUCAAUGUGUGGAAUGAUUUGAGAAGGUAUUUCCCAGAUGAUGGAAUUGGAAGCAGAAUCUUAUUCACCACUCGAAAUAAAGAAGCUGCUUCGAAAGCUUCUUCUCGUAGUGUCAUAAAUACACUUCCUUUUCUGUCAGAAGUUGAAUGUUGGGAAUUACUACAACGAAAAGUCUUCCAAGAUAAAAAUUGUCCCCAAGAAUUGAUACACAUUGGGAAGCAAAUUGCAACAAAUUGUAGCGGCCUACCACUCGCGGUGGUCGUGAUAGCUGGAGUUCUAGCAAAUAUGGAGAAGAAAGAACACUUUUGGCAGGAAGUUGCAAGAAAUCUUAGUUCAUAUAUAUCCGAAACCCCCGAAAACUGCUUCCAGACAUUGGAACUUAGCUACAAGCAUUUACCAAUGCAUUUGAAACCAUGUUUUCUUUACUUUGGAGCAUUCGAGGAAGACAAGGAAAUCUCAGUAAAAAAAUUGAUAUGGUUAUGGGUUGCUGAAGGAUAUAUAAGGAAGGAAGAGCAAAAGUGCUCAGAAGAUGUGGCACUAAAAUAUCUUAUGGAACUAAUUGAUAGGAGCUUGGUAAUUGUUGUUAAAAGAAGAUUUGAUGGAGAAGUAAAAACUUGUAAGAUUCAUGAUAUAUUACAUGAAAUGUGCUGCAGAAUAGCUGAAGAAAAAAAACAUUUGAAGAUGUUCAAAUUUAAUCAUGAUGAUCCACAGUUCUUUAGUCAAGUAUUGAUGUAUCAGCAACACCGUUGUCUGAGUAUAGACUGCAGACCAUUUGCAAAUCGCUUACUACUUUCUGGCCGACUUGUGCGCCCUCCUUUAAACUCUCGCAGCUUCAAAGUUCUUAGGUUUUUGAAGUUCUUGGAUGUUUGCGCUGAUUCGAAACGUCGUGUCCCAAUAGGAAAUGAACAUCUGCCACCAAUGGAAAUAUUUCACAAACUAGAAUUUCUUAUUUUGGAGAAUACACAUCGAGUUGAAAUACCUGAGAUCCUUCUUAAUAUGGUGAGUUUGAGACACAUGCAUUUCAGUGGCGGUGCAUGCUUCAAUGCAUCUUGUCGUCAGCAAGCAACUGAGGAUGAAAACUUCCUUAUAAAUAAUAACUUGCAAAGUAUUUCUGUGCUGUUAAUUUACGAUGCAACAGACGAGAAAAUUUUGAGAUGUUUAUCCAAUCUUCGCAGACUGAAAGCCAGGGUUACAUAUUCACUCAAUCAUUCUUUCGAAUUCCUUAAUCAGCUCGAAUCACUGAAGUUAUUACCUGAUCCGAAUAAUGUACGAGAUCCAUGUUUCACAUUGAUCAGUCUGCCCUUAAAUCUCAGACAAUUGACUCUAGUUGAUGUACACAUGUCUCCAAAACAAUUGGAGGUAAUUGGGAAAUUGCAGUGCCUUGAGAUUCUCAAACUAGUUCAGGUUUCCUUUGAGGGAAGACAAUGGGACACAAGUGAAGUUGAAUUCCCACAACUUAAAUUCUUGAAACUUCGUUGGGUACAAAUUGCAGAAUGGAAUGCCUCAAGUGAUAAUUUUCCAAGACUUCAAAAACUAGUGUUGCAAAAUUGCUACAAUCUGAAGAUGAUUCCUCCCAGUUUAGGUGAUAUUCUAACGUUACAGAAGAUUGAGGUGCAUUGGUGCGCAAAAGCUAUCAGAGAAUCUGCCAAGCAAAUUCAAGAAGAACAAAAAGAAAAUGGAAAUGAAGAGCUUAAAGUCGUAAUCACUGAAUGGUAAACAGAGCAUCAGUUUUUGCAGGACAAAAGAUGGUACUUUCUUCUCAGUAGAUUAAGGAGUGUUGGUGUUUAUGAAGUAGGUGGCAAUUCAAUAGAUUUGCAUCUCCAUCCUCUUACCACUUUUUCUGCUCUUGCUUGUUAAUUUGGGAGUUCUUAUUGUAUUUCCUUCAAUUUUUGUUUCUCCUCGAACAUGUUUUAGGCACAAAAUUAAUUGUAGCUUAUACGAACGUGUUUGUUGGCAUUCCAUUUGACCGUAUUGACAACUUCACUUC